GUAUAGAGGAAGCGAGGGGCAGAUAGAGAAGAGUCUGUGCCUCCAGUAAAAUAAUUACUUAAGCCGACGUCAUUUCUCGCCGACGAAUCGCAGACCAAAGAAAAAAAUAAAUUAAUUGGAGUCUCCGACGAUCAACAAACUGCAACACCCAGUGAUGAUUUGAAGCAAUGGCAAUGGAUUAACGCUGUCGACAGACUUCAAGGGGCCGCUGAGUGUAUUGUGAUGCCUCAAAUGGAUGAUGCUGUUGAGUUCCCUGUCGCCAAACGGCAGCGACGUGAGGACAACGACGAUUCCAACCAGAAGCCUCCGGCGAGUUCACGGUUGUUCUCUCCAUUCAGAACGCUCGGCUUGGUUUCCCCUACGAAUGUUCCUUUCACCUCAGUACCUCUAGGGAAGACGACCUUCCAGAUCACCACUUCAGUUGGCAAUGCCUUGCAAACGUACGACCUGCGAAGAGGUCUUAACCUUGUCUUUCUCAGUCGACCUCUAUGUCCAGGUCAGAUGACUGCAACAUAUGCAUACCGUGAUCGAGUCGUGGUUGCCUGGGGCGGGGCGCAGCCCAAUGAUCGAAGAGGGAUGUGGGUGUUCAAGCGAGGGCAACUCAUCGCAGAAUUGGAUAUAGAUGGUACACAUCCGCAAAAGAUUGGACAAAUACUGGUGUUCGGAUCCUGGAUUGUGGGAUGUGGGAAUGAAGCUAUUGAGGUCUGGAAAACAGACUCUUAUGAGCACUAUACCACCAUUCAUCCCUCAACACCGUCUACCUCGACCCACGGUCGAGCAAUCUUUUCCGGCCAAAUCUGCACCCUACCUACUAUACUAAACAAAAUUUUCGUCGGAAGAAAAGAAGGAAUCGUCGAAGUGUAUAACGUCAGCACCGGCAGACUCGUCCAUACAAUCCUUGCUCCGUCAGCUAGCUCUGGCCCAGUCACGGCCCUUGCCCCAGCACCGGCUGUAUGUCUGUUAGCGGUUGCUCAUGCCGAUGGCUCCCUGAUCAUCACCGAUGUCGAAUCGGAUGAACGAGUUCUGGAAUUGCACCAAAGAAACACCAAGAAGCCAAUAACGUCAAUAAGUUUCCGGACCGAUGGAAUGGGCGCAGGCGAAGACGGACGCAAAUCUGGUGUCAUGGCAACAUCCAGUACCGAAAGCGGCGACAUCACGCUUUGGGACCUCAACCGUGGUGGUAAAGUGAUUGGAGUGGUAAGAGGAGCUCACGAGACUUCUAGCCUUGGUCAAGCGACCGGGGUUAACAAGGUUGAGUUCUUGCCAGGACAACCAGUCUUGAUCUCUUCCGGGCUCGACAAUGCUCUGAGGUCCUGGGUCUUUGACGAAAACCCCUUUUCUCCGACUCCGCGUCCUCUGCAUUCAAGAAGCGGACAUGCGGCAUCAGUAACGAAACUCAAAUUCUUGCCCGCGGCUUCGGACGGAUCCGAUGCCAGCGGAAAGUGGUUGUUGUCUGCAGGUCGUGAUCGAAGUCUUUGGGGCUUCAGUCUGCGUAGAGACGGGCAGAGCACAGAAUUGAGUCAGGGCGCAGUUACGUCCAAGGCUCGAAAACAGGGCUUGCUCAGCGAUGAUGCAGCUGGAGUCGAGGCAUUCAAAGCUGCACCAAUUAUCGACAUGGCAUGUUCACUGAACCGCGAUGGUGGGAUGGGUGCCGUAGGUGGCCGCGUUUGGGCCAACUCGAAGGAUGCCAAAGCAGAGGAGACAAGUACCACUGGCUGGGAAAGCAUCGUUACUGCUCAUGCCGACGACAAAUUUGCUAGGACCUGGUCUUGGGGUAGAAAGAAGGCGGGCAGAUGGGCUUUUGAAACGGGUGAUCAUAAGCCUGUUACAAGCGUAGCCAUGACUACUUGCGGCACCUUCGCAAUCGUCGGUUCUGCUGGUGGCAGUCUGGACAUGUUCAACCUGCAGUCCGGCGUUCAUCGCCAACGUUAUCCUCCUCGAAUCACGCCGUCACAAGCGAAGCAGCUGAAAUUACAAGAAGCGCAAGAGCAAAGGGUGAAUAUCCCGCUGGGGCAUCGUGAUGCAAUCACAGGUAUCGUCGUGGACAACCUCAACCAGACCAUGGUCUCCACAAGUCUGGAUGGGACGAUCAUCUUCUGGAACUUCUCCACAGGCAAGACCAUAGAGCGGCGAAAAGACCUCGAGGCCGUCGUCACUUCGAUCCGAUACAAUCCAGUGUCCGGCUUGUUAGCAUUGUCUUGCGAUGAUCUAUGCAUCCGCAUUCUCGACAUUGAAACCCGAAAGAUCGUCCGUGAACUGUGGGGUUGUGUCGGUCAAAUAUACGAUUAUUGUUUCUCGCACGAUGGCCGAUGGGUUGUGGCUUGUUCAAUGGACUCUGUGGUACGAGUGUUUGAUCUUGCUACCGGCCAUCUUAUCGAUGCUUUCCGGACGGCGACCUGCACAAGCAUUGCCUUUUCGAAUACUGGGGAGUUCCUCGCCACAACCCACGCAGGCAGCGCCGGGAUCAAUAUUUGGACCAACAAGGCUCUCUUUACUCGGAUAUCAACGAGGCAGAUUGAUGAGGUUAAUGGAGUCAUUGAUCUGACCGAGAAUGCUACAUUCCAGGCCGCUAGUCAACUCACCAUCACGGAAAGCAGCACUGAGGAGGACGAGCAUGUCGAUGGCGUAGACAGUGCCGUUGACAUCGACCAAUUAGACCAAAGCCUUUUGACGCUCUCGAUCAUGCCCCAGUCACGAUGGCAAACGUUGCUCAAUCUCGACAGCAUCCGUGAACGAAACAAGCCGCUUCAGCCUCCAGAGAAGCCGAAAGCUGCACCAUUCUUUCUUGGGUCGGCCCUUACCAAUGGCAGCAAAGACCAUGACAGCAAUGUGACCGCUUCCGACAACAAAACGAUUGAGGACGCCGACCGUUCACGAAUAUCUCGCCUUGCCCUCACAUCCCAGACCGGACCAAACUCACAACUCUCCGAUGUGCUAGACAAUUUCAACGCGGACCCUCAGCACAAUCCAUCCCCACUGUCUGAACACCUGACCUUACUUCCACCAUCUGCAGCUGACCUCGAGAUCCGCUCUUUGACCUUGACCGAAAUGCCAGUCUUUGUCCGCGCAUUGACCGAACAGGUCAAGUCGCGAAAAUCUUUUGAGCUGGUCAACACAUGGAUGAGCGUGUUUUUAAAGCUCCACGGCGACUUCGUCACAGAAGUACCCGGUCUGAACCAGGCCGUGCUCGAGUGGCGCACGACAAUGGAGACUGAGGAAAAGAGACUUGGCCAAUUAGUCGGGUACACAAGGGGCAUCGUCGAGUUUCUGAGGAGCGCACGAUAAGUUGGCUACCUGGUAUGCUACGCUAUAAACAGAGCU